AUGCCCACUCUGUUACCAUGGUGACCAGGUGAUUAGCUCACCUGGCUGCAGAGGAAACGCUCCAGACACUGAUUCUGCUUCGACAUGAAAACUGCAGCUUUUAUUCUGGGACUCGUGUUUACCUGUGCUGGGUUCACAGACAGAACAGCUGGAGGUCACGUGGAAGACUCGUCAGGAUUGGUGGAGACUGGUGUUCAGUCAGAGUGCCGGGACCGUUACCUGUGGAUCCAGGUGGCGUCGGUACAGACGCCUCGCUUUGAGGCCGUAGAUGAAAAUGGCGUCCACUGGAUCAGUGAGAGGCUUGCCUCUCGCUGUGGUUACACCAUCAGCACCUUUAGGAUGGACGGCUUCACCACCUUCAGAGCUUCAUAUUAUUCCUGCUUCACCCACACCCAGAACGACGAAGUGUUCACCUUCAGAUUCAACGUGAUCAUGAGUGAUGGCGGCAGCGGAUGGAACAGCACACCUGUCUCUGCCACGUGUUCUGGUCUGACGUGGACACACAGAGAGGUCGUCUGUGAGGAGGACUACAUGGAGGUGAACGUGAACAGAGAGUCUUCAUGUGGAGGUCAGCGGGGGGAGAGUGGACAUGUGUGGCAGGCGGCCUUCUCUCAGGCUCAGAUGACUGCGUCGUCAGUGUGGCAGCUGAUGUUCCUGCAGAGCGAUGGACACGUGUCUCCCAUGUCCAUCAGUGAGGCCCAGACGCAGGGCUACAGCCUCACCACGACCAGCCACAGGGUGGUGCUGCGAUCCCAGUACAAACAGCGACAUGCCAAGGUUGUCAUGGUGGACGGUGUCCCCGUAGAGUUCAUUCGGGUCGCUGUGUUCUUGAAGAAAAAGCUAAUGGUGGUGAUGAUGGAUGUGUCCAUGUCCUGUACAGUCAAUUCUGGUUCAUUCAAUGGUGUCUCACUGCUCUGGGAUGUCCCCUGGAUCAUGACGCCUCUGGUGGAGGAGGACACAAGGUUUGAAAGUCAGACCGUCAGUGUGGGGGUGGAGGGUGUGCUUCUGGACCAACCCACCGCCACCGCUAGAGGAUUCAGUCUGGUCCGGCGUGGCGGACUGGUCCAGAUCGUGGUUCCUAUUGGAGCAGAGGGUGGCUACCGAAAGAGUGUGGUGCAGGAUAACGUGUACAAGGAGCUGUACGUGAUCUUCCUGCUGUACGAACACAUCUUCUCUCUGACGUUUGAAGACAGCAGCAGCAUCAUCACCAGACACCGGAUGCUCAGAGUCCUCGACACGCCGCUGCUCUGCCGUCCACCCUUCAGUGUCGACGAGACCGUCAGUAAUGACGUGAAGUUCAGCGUCUACCUGGGAAACAUUCCCGCGGAUGUGGUUUUGGAGGAAGUGUGGAUCAAUGGGAAGCAGCUGAUGUCAAGGAGCAUUGAACGAGGCGUCAGCAUCAGUCUUGUUUCUCAUGUUAACGGUAGCCGAGCGUACAAACUGCAGCUGCCCUUUGAGGACGCUGAUGUCCUCUGGAUGUACCUGGGUGCAGGUGUUGUUCAGUACUCUGUCGACAUAAACUUCACGUUAACCAUCGUGCCCCAGAGAGACUCUUACUUCCACCAUACGUUCAUCUCUGCUCGGCUCUUCAGUGCAUUUCCUCCACAGAUCACGGCUCAGUGUUUUGAAGGAGGAAUCACCUUCAGCGUGGUUCGACCGCCUCGAGCUCAGAGUCUCUGGGAGGUGGGUGUCGACCACGAGCCUCUGACAUCACAGCUGGCAGCUCAGAGAGGGUACCGCCUCCUCAAAGACACCCACAAAACCUCCCUGGACGUCCCUGUUUUCUCCAUCGGAUACACCUAUGAAGACAUCAACCUGUCAUUCUUUUAUGGAACAUUUAAGCUACUUCUGAGAGACUCUAAAACUCUGGCAGUCCAGACGUCCACCUCCAAACGCUGCCUCUUCAAAACUCAGGACAUGACAGUCUGUUCUGGAGAUGGAACCGUCACUGUGGUAACGACUCUGACAUCCACCUGGCCCACUGUGCGGCCAGAAAGAACCAGUCUGCUGGACGCCACCUGUCGAUCCAAACAGACCGACGGAUCCAGAGUUCUGUUUGAGUUCAAUGUGAACUCCUGUGGGACCAGAGCCAUGGUCGGAGAGUCGUACGUGGUUUAUGAAAACGAGAUCAUCCACGACAAACAGCUGAUCGCUGACGGGCCGAACUUCAUCUCCAGGGAAUCUCAGUUUAAGUUGACCGUCAGGUGCUUCUAUCCUCUAAGUGGAGUCAACAGGCUUUCUGUAUCAAGGGUCUUCAGAGCUCCUGGAUUUGGUUCAAUGGAAGUCUUUGAGAGCCUUAAAGAUUCAGCGAAUAAAGUCCCUGGUCGUGACUGUCUACAGCAGGUUCCUGGAAAUGACGUCAAUACCCCGAUGAACCAGACCCUGCUUCAACCCGGCAUUAGGCCUUGGCCUAAACCUGGAUCCAGCCGCUUCAUCAAAGUCCCAACACAACACAACAAGGUGGUUGUCUCCUCCUCAGACAUCCAAACUUCUCCAACCCUCAGUCUUUCUCCUGAAACUCAAAUGGCAGGGAAGGUUUUAUCUGAUCCUGGUCAACUCUCAUCCCAGACAGAGGAGCUAAAUGUAUUCAACCCUUUUUCUAUCUUACCCAGAAACGACCAGGUAACAGACUUCAACAAGGCGAGUUUUAACGUUGUUGACGUGAGAGCUCAAGAUUCAGGACCACAGGACUACGUCCCAGCCUCAGUGUUGGACUCUUACAGCAGCACUGCUGAUUCUGCAGCUGCUGACCAAUUAGGAAGUAGCUGGAGCAGCUCAGCUCACACUCCAACUCUUACUGGUCUCAACAAUUUAGAUGAACAUGUCCGACAACUCAAGUGGAACCAGUUCAGUCUUGGUCAAGAUGGAAUCAAGCAAAAUGAAGACCUGCAAAGUCUUACAGUCAAUUUUACUCUUCAUGAGUUGAAGCAGAAGUUGAGUCCUCAGGGGUCAUCAGAUGGUGAGACGGACACAAGGCCUCAAAGUCUGGAUGAUCCUUCUCAAGCUUCCCAGCUUCCACCAGUCCAUAAACCUUCAAUUCAGUACAACCAAGACCACAUCAGCAUAACCGGCAGAAAAGUAGUCCUGCCCGCCAGACAGGAGAAACUUGUUCCUACUGAUACUCAGGAGUCUGUAGACAGUCAGACUGUGACUACUGCGACGAGCCAAGUCGACCAGAACCCAAAGAGAACCGGGUCCGUGAAAAGAAGAAACACUGAGAUGCUUCAGUCCAGAGUAAAGAACAUCAGAGUCAAACCAAUGAUCAAAUUGCUGUCUUCUGGAAAUCAACUGAAACGGAAACCUUCUAUCAGACAAGUAAACUCUCAAAUGUCUAAUCCUGGACUGACGAACGUCAGCGAUUACCCGAACCACCGGACCUCCAAACGGCUUCACGACCGCAGACGUUCAAUCACUAGAAGGAAAACAGAUUUCCAAACGCCAAAGCAGGAACAGGGUGUUCGUGGUGUCCAAGGCAAGGUGCAACAAUCUGCAGUGAUGCGCCUCCCCGAUCAACCCCCGACCCAGAUGGGACCACAGCAGAACCUGGUCCAAUCAGGGGUUGAGACAGUAAACCAUUUGAGACAGGAACCUGUUUCAGCUCUGAGAAAUGUUGGGCAGUCAGCAGGUACAACUCACACAAGAGUCCGACCUGGUCACAGUGAAAGACUCCAAACUCCUAACCAGCUCCGACGGCAGAACCUCCAGAUCCACACGAGGUCUGACUGUGGCUGUCGCUAUGGAAUUAGUGUUCACCAAGGCAUCAUGAGAGGUUCGACAUCAUAACGCUCGAUCUUUGUUGAUGGCCCUGAAUCAACUUUGUUAAUGUUCAUGUAAACAGAUCAGCUGAUGAAGACCAGAAACAAUUUAAUAAA